AAUUUAUUAAUAGUUUAUAAAAAUGACUGGCGAAAAAAGUAAUACAGAAGAUAUGUGGACUCCUUAUAAAGAAUUACAAAGUCUUGUUGAACGUUAUGUCACAUCAUCGCCAAGUACAUUAGAUCCACAAUUUCAUGAAUUCACAGAAACGCUUCGUAAUCAUCGACAAAAUUUCUUGACUCUAUUAAAAAAUCCACCAAAGAAUAAUAAAAGUAGAGAAGAAAUUUUAAAAGGUGAUUCGCAAGGUAUAACUUCACCUGGAUUAGGGCAUCAGUUGCUUACAAAAGAAUUAAUUGAUGAAACUCUGAUUAUAAGUGAUAUGUAUGAUUUAAAUGAAUUUAUGGCUCUUGAUUUAUUAUACACUGCUCAAUUACAAAUGCCUCAUCAUCCAGGAUUAACAAGAGGUUUAACAGCUAUUUUAUUAUAUUAUGAUGGAAGAAAAGCUCUUACAUCAACAUUAAGAACUUUAGUACAGGCUAGAGUAGGACAUAGUUGGAUGCUAGAUAUACCAAUGACUUUAACAAAGCAAAUAACAGAAUAUACUAAUAAAAUGCAACAAGAUGGGUUAUUAGAUAGAAUAUUAUAUUUGCUUGAAGAAAUGGAUCCAACUAAGGAACAAGAUCUUUUGCAACAAAAUAGAGCACUUGGUGGUGCAAAACAUCAUUACAUGGUUAUGAAGUUAUUUAAUGAUACUAGGCAAGAUUUAUCAGAUAUUCUCUAUAUGUGGUCAGCUCAGUCUAGCUUGCCAAGUACAGUAAUGUUUAGGCUUUUAUCAUUGUUGCAAAAGCGUCGACCAGAGUCUGAAGUUGGCAAGGGCAAUCCUGAUAAAGUCACAUUAGCUCUUAUAAUGGCUUUUCUAAAUUCAAUUAAUCUGAGUCCUCUACAUAGUCGAGAAGAUGGCGAAGAAAUUGUUCGCUCUAUGUGUAUAAUAGCAGAAAGAGGUGUUUUUGAAGAAGUUGUCCAGAAAUUGGUAACAUCCAACAUUGUUUGGGAAAGCACAGGUUUAAGAGGUUUUGUUCAAUUUGUUCUUGCAAUAGCUGUUACAACAAUUAAAUCAGCACCUAAUUUGUGCCCAGGACAAAAUAUAACAAACCAAGAUGAAAUAUUAGUCGAAGCUGCUUUAUCGAGUAAAGCUUUUCACUUUGCAGCUGAUGUACUUUUUAAAAGUGAAUGCUUGCAUUAUGAAGAAUUUUAUGUUCGCUAUUUUCAUACUUUAAUAUCAGAUUUCAUUUUAUUAAUGCCACUGAAGAUCAAAGAACUUAGAAGUAGAGCCGAUGAAUCUAUGCGUUUAAUACAAGCUUAUCAACAAGAAGGAAUUGAGCCUCCAGUAAAUUUAGAUAAUCAUUUUAAAUUUUUAAUGCUUAUGAUAGCUGAAUUAUAUGGGUAUGAUCCAUUAAAUUUAAAUUUAGCAAUGGACUACUGGUGUCAACAUUCUGAACCAUCACAUGUACCAAAUUCUAUUCAUGUUAAUCGUUUACCAUCAAGACAAGUUGCAUUAUUUAAAUUUAUACGUUUAGCUGGUGAAAUUCUUCCAGCUGGAUUAUUUGUUCCUUAUUUAAACAUGAUUGCUUCCCUUGCUUCAUCGACUCAAGCAGCUAGACAGUCCUUUAAUUUUUUAAAACCCAAUGGAUCAACUGGUUCAACAACAAUUUCUUGGGAUCAUUUUUUCAAUUCAUUAAAUCGAUAUUAUUAUAAUUUACGACAAGAGUUACCACCAACGCAAGAUACUGUAUAUCGACAGCGCGGUCAUCCAAAAGGUAUAACACCGAAUGAAGUUAAAGGCUUAGAAGCUGUACUUCAAGUGGUACAAGUUGUAGCAAAAUAUGAUGAAAUGUCUAGAAUAGCUUUAUGUGACCAUCCUGGUUGGAAAGUUUUGCAGUCACUUAUAGGCUUAGUAAGCUGCGCCAUGCCAAUUCCUUUAAAAGGAGUUUUGGUAAAAACUUUGGCAGCUCUUGCUAAAUCUCCCGAAAGUUCAUCUACUGUUUGGCAAAAUUUGGAAGCUGCUCAAAUCAUUACAACAAUUCCGACAACAAGCAGUUACCAGCCUAGAGGCGUUCAAACUGAAUUAGAAGAAAUCGAAUCUCGAAAUGAAGAAUAUCCGUUAACUCGAGCCAUGUUAGAAUUAUUAGAUGUUUUGACAGAUUUUCCUACUCUUCGAUUACUUGGUGUUGGUCAAAGAAAUCCAGGAUUUGAUCCAUAUUUACAUUUUAUCAUUAAUACUGUUUUUCUUCGAUUUAAUACGCGCUCUUACAAAAAUCCAAGUGAAAAGUGGGAUGUAGCUAAUGCUUGUUUAAAAAUACUUUUUAAACUACUUAAGCAGUAUGAGUUAACUAUUGAAGAUUUUGUUGGAUGUAAAGUAGAACUUCAAGGAGGGGAAUCAACCAUGGUCAAUGCAUCACCUGGUUAUCAUUUGAUGACCCAACUUCAUUCAAAUACUGAAUUACUACGAAUAAUUCUUUAUAUUCUUGAUGAAGGAUGUAACUAUUUGGAUACUUAUGACUCAUUUCCUGGUAAAAAGUAUCUUGAAGAGAGUACUUUGUAUUGUCUGGAAAUUUUAGAACACUGUUUAAAAACUCAACAUCUAUAUAUGCUGCAACUGGGCCUUUCAUCCUCAAACAAAAUCUCCACUGGAUUAUCUAGACUUUUGUUGGGUGUAAAUCAUCGUACGGGUAAGCCUGAUCAUAUGAUUAAUGUUGCAAAAUACAUUUUGUACAACAAUUGGCUACGAAGACACGCAUAUGUUGCUGUUGGUGUAAUUCACUCUGUAUCUAAUGAACCUGGUGCUGAUUCAGAAUUACUUUCAACAUUUACAUCCACACCAUCUCUUACAAUCAACAUCAGACAUGGUUUUGUUGAAUGCCUAGACAUGGAAGACACUGGUAAUGAGAAUGAAGAAGAAGGCGAACGAAAUAAACAGCAAUCAGGACACUGUAAAGACAGAAUUCUGUUGUUGAUGAUGCAGAGUAUCAUACGACCAUCUCCAAAUUUAGCUCAUUAUUUAUUAGGAUUUGAAAUUACAAAGGAUAUAAGAAAAACUGUUAUUCAACAACCAGGAAUUCUUGGCUAUCCACGAACAUGUUUACACUCUAUUUUAGGGAUUUUAGAAUUAUCGCUAGAAAGAGGAAGAGAUAAAAUAACAGAAGCAUGUUAUUGGUUUCUUCAUUCGCUUACAUCAAAUACCAAAACAUCCAUACCAGUCUUACGAUUUCUUCGAACUGCUACUAAUCAAGACUUUAUUCAACGACAUUUAUCAAAAUUACCAUUUCAAGGAACAAACAGAGCUACUGACUUAACUUGCAUGUCAUGGUUGCUUAAAAUUGCAGCGAUAGAAUUACGCAUUGGAAGUGGAAGCCUCCAAAAUUCUUUAAUUCAAAGACUUAUUGGUAAUUUAGGACAAGACAGAGAUCAAGUGGUACCUUCACAAAAGUUACUUAUGGAUUUAUUACAUUAUAUAGACUUUCAAUUACAAUUAGAAUCUCCAAAAUCAUGGGAAUAUUUUGAUCCUUCACAAGUUGAAAUGGUUUUUGGUCGUUGCAGUAUACCGGUAGCUCUUUCCGAUGGACCACAAUUGAUAGAUAUAAAAAAGUUGCAUUUGCUUAUUACAGAAGAACUCUCUGUGACACAAGGAAAUGCGACUACUACUCAAAGAAAGUUAAUGCAACAAGAACUACAAUCAAUUUUAACAUAUGCUUUAAAAAGAAAUCAAACUAAAACUCUAUCAUAUGCAACAGUUAAAUUUGUAGAAGGAUGGUGUCAAACCACUGAAAUACUUUUUUCUAUAGCAACAAAUCAACAACUUCCUGCAGCACAAAGACAAAAUUUUCUUUUAAACCUUUCUCACGACUUAUUGCAAAAAAUGACUUCAUGUGAAGCACUAAAUGAAAUAAAAACAUUGGUUUCCGGAACAGUUUUAAUACUUCUUGUAAAUUUACGUGUUAGUUUUGCAUUGCAAUCUGAUGAUGAGUUACUACCUUCUUCACCUACAAAUACAACAAUGAUGAAAAUAAUUUUGAAUCAUAUUUUGCAAUGGAUCAUUAAUUCUGAGGCUUCUUCUCAGAAAGUUCGUACCCAUCUUUACGGAGCACUUUUAUAUUUUCUUUGUGUUGUUGGAUCAGAAAAACCAGGAGAAUCUAAUGGUAUGAGUACAACAUUUGUCAAUCAGUUAGAUAAUUCUAUACAUAGAACAUUGCCAAUGCAAGAACGCUCACAUCGUUAUGCUACUAUUCAAGUAAUAAAUAGUUUUGGUGAUAAAUUAAUGGAUAUUAUAUGUCAUAGUUGUUCAAGUGGGCAUGAUGUUUGUAAAAUGCUUGGACUUUCUUGUUUAAAUAAAAUUCUUGAACUAGAUUGUGAUAAUUCAUGGAUUAUUUAUCUUUCAAGUCAAGGUUAUUUAAAACACAUGAUCGAUAGCUUACUUGAAUCAGAUAAUCUGCUUCGAUGUAUGCUUCAAUUAAAUCCUCGAACUUUAAGACUUCUCUAUUUGUAUGAAGCAAAAAUAGCGAUGUUUACUCGAAUGGCUUCAACUAGAAUGGGCGCCGAAAGUCUUUUAGAAAAUAAGAUUUUAUCUUGUCUUUCAAGUAUGUCAGUUAUUGAUCAACAUCCUGAUGUUAAUGAUAGUUUUAAUGGAACUGAUCCUUCUUUCUUACCAUCUAUUGGUCAAAGAUAUCAGCAAAUUUUUUUACCAAUGCUUUAUCUAUGUGAUGCAUUACUAACUACUCUUGGUACAGAAAAUCAGUCAUGUGCCAUACAAAUUUGUGGAUUUUUACAAAGUCAUAGAGAUACAGUAGAGAUGAUACUAAGAAAUAUUUUGCCAAAUUCAAAUGUACUGUUUAUGAAUGAAGUUGCUUGUUUAACAGGAGUAAUUGCUCGAUCUGCCAAUAUUGAUAUGUAUAAAUUGGUUGAUGAAGAAGUAGAAAAAUCAGAAAUAGGUGAAUGUACUUUAGGAGAUAGUACUGGAAUAAGGGAAUUAAGAGCUCAUCUUUACAGAUUACAAAAGCUUAUGUUAGCAUUGUUACCAAAGUUUCAACCAUUACCUAAAGGAGAUUCAGAUCAACAAAAUUUUUCUUGUGUACAAAUUGGUGCAAAUAUAUUACUUUAUGUUAGAAACCAAAUGCAGCACAGUCAUAUGAAUCAAAAAUUAAGACACGUUCUAUUUGAGCCUUAUUUAUCAGAAAAACCUGAUAAUCGUGAUAUUAGAAUGAGAGAAGCCUCCAAUGGAAUGCACUUAGGUGUUAUUGUUGAACAUUUAGUAUCUGCAACGAAUUCACUGCAAUAUUUGCUGUCACAAAAAAGGUCUAUUUGUGUUAAAGAAAUGAGCUCAUCUGAUAUGAAAAAAUUUCUUACAGAAGAAGAAAUUGAAUUAGAUAUAGGUAAACAAAGAAUAAUUAUUGAACAACGUAUAUAUCGACACGAAAAGAUGAAACAUCAGAAUAUGAAAUAUGCGUCAUUGAUCAUUGAACAUAGUUUAUAUAUACUAUGGAGUCAUUUAGAUUUUUAUGCUAUGCAGGCAUUGGCUCAAUCGAAAAGUCAUUUAUCUUCUAUUAACUUUGAUGAUAGUACAUUAGAAUGGAGAAAAUUAAAUGAAUUACUUCCUGAAUUAAAAACUGGAUUGGUAUCUGUUUUUACAGAUAGCUUUGUUACAAGACUCUUAGAAACACACAGUGAAUAUACAACAGUGGAACAAGGUUUCAUUGAAGCACUUGUUAGAAGAAUCAAGCGACUUUUACAAUUUAUUAUUGUCAAAUAAACUAUGUAUAUAUAUUGUAUAAAUUAAUUAAAUAAUGUA